GGCGCAUGCGCAGUGACUGACCGUGAGCAGCAGCGCUGCUGCUGAUGAUGAUGUUCACUGGACGUGUUUGAGAUCAACAUUGACGCAUUUACAAUCGAAACACUAACACUGAUCAGCAUGAAAUUAACGCGUAAACUCGUUCUAGCUCGAGCUAAAGCAUCGGACCUGGAAAGCGUGAAGAAAUUAAACUGCUGGGGCUGCAAUCUGACAGAUAUCUCCAUAUUUGUGGAGAUUCCCAAUAUUGAGGUUCUCACACUGAGUGCUAAUAAGAUCUCCUCUCUGGAGCACAUCUCGUCGUGUCAGCAUCUCAGCGAGCUCUAUCUGAGACGGAAUAACAUCCAGAGUCUGUCGGAGCUCAAGCAUCUGCAGCAGCUGAGACGUCUGAAGGUGCUGUGGUUGGCCGAGAACCCGUGCUGCGACGCCGACCCGCACAAAUACCGCAUGACCGUCAUCAGAAACCUGCCCGGACUGCAAAAACUCGACAACCAGGUGGUCACAGAGGAGGAGCUCACACAGGCACUGAAAGAAGGGGAGGAGCUUGUUUCAUCUCCAGGCCCCGCCCCCACCUGCUCAACCAAUGGUCAUACAGAAGCCGACUCUGAGACGGACCCUCUGAAUUACAGCAUGGAGGAAACCAAUAAGAUUCGAGCUCAGCUGGGAAUGAAGCUGCUGCCCAGAGACAAGUUCCCAUCGCUGUCGUCCCCGAGAGAGACUGGAGACACGCUGAAGAGGAAGAGUCACACGCUGGAGGCCGUUCUCCUCCUGAUGAAGGAUCUGGACGUGGAAGAGCUGAAAAUCGUUCAGUCGGUCACCGAGAGCAAACUCAGAUCACGCAGUCGACGGAGAGAGCGAGAGAAAUCUCCUCUUUGCUCAUGAACGCCAGUAUAAAACACUGAUGACAUGCUUAUACCAGCAGCCAGAGCUCAGAUAUUAAUAUUUCACAGUCAAACCCCAGAUCUAAUAAUGCAAAGCCCUUUUGUUUGUGUGAAUCGGUCCUGCUCAUGAUUGUUACCAAGUUGCCUUUUCCUGUCCAAACUGAGACGUUUUCCUGUUUCGGAGAAAAUGUUUUGCUUUGUAAUGAUCUAAAUGAAGUGUAAUAAUACUUUGUUUUGUUGAAAUAAUAUGAGAAUGUAUUUUUCUAUGUAAAUAAACUCAGAUGCGCAAGAAUAUUUAUUGUUUUCACUGUUAUCCUACAAAACUUUACAGAACGCUGUACAUGAUUGAGCUGCAGAAAUUGGAAUUAAAGAAACGGUUCACCAAAAAAUGAGUUUCAUCACUGUC